AUGCACGCCAACCUCCCGAAGAAGCUUUGUAGCGCUUUGCUGCUCUCAACUAUCCCGGCUGCUACGGCUGUGGCCAGCGCCAAUACCAGCCUGGACGGCAAGCGUGCCAAAGGCGACAAAAAUGACCCCAUUGCGUCCUUUGAGCCGAAUGACGCAGUGUUCAAAGACUUGAUUGAAAUGCAUGAGAAGGCGAGUCCGCUGCAGCUGAAUGAGACCAAGCCUAAGACAGGCUCCAACAUGACUCUCGAGACCGGGUUCAACGCGACCUGCGACGAAGGUGGACUCCCUGUUGAGGUUGAAGUUCACCUCGAGUAA